CGUAUUUAAAAGUGCAGAAGAAGAAAAAGAAGAAGAAAAGUUGGGACAUACUUGAGAUCACUUCUACAGGUGAGGAUGACCGUAAUAAAAUGUUGUUUGGUUCAAUUGAUCAUUUAUGGAUUUAGUAUUUUUCAUUAUUAUUAGUUCAUCUUGUUGAAAGUAAAACAAAAAUUACAAAAUUCAAAGGAAAGCCAAAAAAAAAAAGAAAAUCUGAGAGUUGAUUUGAGAUCAAACAUCUACUAUAAAAUUUUGGUUUAUGUUGACUUAAUGACAAGCUGUGAAAAAAGACUUUUUGGAUAAAUUCAUUUAGUAUUUAAAUUUCUUAAGUCUAAUUUAUUGACAGUUUUUAGAUGUUUCACAGAUAAAAAUAAACAUCAGUAAUCAUGAUUACAUAAACCUCCCUCUGUUUUAUUAUGACUCCUGGAUCUUUUAUAAUCAUGAUUGAAAUCAUAGUUUGGGUUUGAUUGUUAAAUACAGUUUUUUAAACAUGCCUUUCAGAGUUAAUGUUGAAUGUCCAAAUAGCAAUAACAAAUAACUAUAUAAUACAUGAGUUGAUAAAUAAUAGAGAAUUACUUUUUAUAUUGAAAGCAGAGAGCAGUGUUUUCAUAUAAGCUGAAAUUUGUCUGAUUUUUUCGUUUUCUUUGCUGUGGUCACGUUUAGAGAUGCAGUUUACCCUCAACUGUUUUGGGGUGGGUGUGGUCUUGUUCUCAUUGGCUCCGCCCACACUUGCAUUCUCUCGUGGUGGCAGUAAAUCCUCUUGUCAUAAUAUGAUCCCCGGUCACAUCCGUGCUCAACCGCAGGACCCAGAGCACAGUCACACCACCUUGCGUACGUCCACCUCUUCGUACCUGCCGGGACAGCUGGUUACAGGUAAUGUUUUCCAUUAACAUGAUCAUUUACCAGAUUGAUUAACCAGUUAAAGACAAAGUUAGCAUAAUUUCUACUCAAGGGGUACAAGAGACAUCUGAUGCCUUGAAAGGACAAACCAUUCCGCUGUGUCUUGUUAUUUCUGUGUAACAUUUUAAUUUUUUUGAGCAGCCCGCUCUUUCUGACUGUAAACAAAGCCGUUCUCCACCUCCCCAACCAGGGAUCACUUUAGAGGACCAGUGUGUAGUAAACUGUCUACCCAGUAACAUCUUAUUUCAUGUACCUGUAUCCUCAGUAACUGUCCGGAGCUCUCGAGACUUCAUGGGUUUUCUGCUCCAGGCCCGCAGUGUCGAGGGAACAAGAACCAGGACUGAAGUCGGGGCAAUGGUUGGGGUCAAGUCUACAGAUCUGGGUCCAGUGGUGGUGGGUGGUUCCUGGGUCCUUACCCCACCUGGCACACACACCCUCAGCUGCUUCUCAGGGGGAGACACCUUAACACACUCUGACAAACAGCUGAAGAGGAACCUCUCGUUUGUUUGGAAGGCUCCUGAUGUGCCCAUGGGGGAUGUCAAGUUCUUGUAAGUAAGAUUCAGGUAAAGGUUUAGGGUUUACAUGGACAUAAUAUUUGUCCUGAUGCUAAUUUGAGUUCUUGGUGUACCUUCUUUUCUGUAGUAUCACAGUGGUGCAGUCUUACUUUGUACACUGGACAGGUAUUGAGUCUACAGUGGUGCAUGAUGGGAGUCGUAGCCCCUGGGCUGAGAGAAACAUAACAGACGUGGACAGAGACAAUUCGGUAUUUGCAUCGGAAGAUCAAGUAACUGACCUGCCAGGUAUGCCGCUUGUGCUUUGUUAAAUAUGCCAUGAAAAUGAUUUGAACUUAUCUUUUUGCCUGUAGUUCAACAUGGAAAUUGUCUUUGGGGUUUAUUAUGUCAAGUCUAAAGUUUCAACUCCGUGCAGGCAUCCUGGAACCAACAACUUCCUGCCUUUGUAUCCACACAAUCAUAAGUAAUACCUUGUUCAUGUCUCACCUUGUUGUCCCACAGAUCUCCAAGUCAAUCAAGCAUCAAACAAGCAAACAAAUGAAAUAACCGCCGCAGCUAUCACCCAUGGACCCCCUACAACAACAGGCAGAGGGAGACCCACAGACAAAUCUCUGGAAACACAAACAAAAGUGACUAACCUGGUAUCGGAGACAAAAAGUCCAGCAACUUCAGUUCCCCUAAUAGAUAAUCACCUGACAAAUCUGGGGGUGAACCAAGUGACAGAACAGGAUACCAAUGAAAGGAACUUCACUUUGACCAUGGCCUCCCCUCUAACUGCCAGGAAAGCCGGUGAAACGGGAGCUACAACAUCUCCAGGAUCUGUCUUAAGUGUGACUAAAGAGGCAGGUACUUACACAGCAAGUCCAUUUACCACCCAAGAGCCAUCCACAACAACUAAAAUUGAAUCCCAAAGUUUUUCAUCUGGGGACAAACCUCUGGAAGUCACUCGUCCAGUCUCAGACAGAGAAAGCUUUUCAACCUUGGCAUAUCUUGGGGUUAAAAAUUACCUAAAUAAGGAGGGUAGUGAAAAGAAAAGUAAUCCAAUCUUAGAAUUUCUUAGAAAUCUGAGUAAAGGCAUUAGUAUUGGCACAUACACAACUUUAGGAUCCUUGAGUAUACCUGAGGAGGUAGGCACUGACAAAGAAAGCCCUAUGACUACCCAAAGUCACUCAUCUUCAACAAAUAGUGGGGGCCAAAGCAACGACUAUCAGGAAAAACGUACAGUGGUCACUAAUCCAGUCCUGGAAAUGAACUAUUCUGCACCUUCGACAACACUUAAUAUUGACCAUCUGACAAAUCAAGUUGUGAGUGAAAGGGACUCCUCAGUGAGCACAGGAUCUCCUCCAAUUUCUACCACAGGAAGUGAAGCUAAGCCUUACACAACCACAGGAUCACCCCAAAGUGUGACUGAAGAGGCAGGGGCUAACACAGGAAGCUCUGGGAUCCCUUUUACCUCAUCCAACCUCUUUCCUUCCAAAACUUCUUUAUCCCCAGCUGACAGGAGACUGAUGGAAAGCAUCACAACUCCUUUGCCAGAUAUCACAAAGCAAACUUCAACCAGUCCUUUUCCAAAUGCCUCCUUGACCCCCCUUGAGGAUGGUGAUAUGGAAAGAGAAGAAACAAACUUAAAUAAUACAAUACUUCCAACUGUUCCCAGGACAAAAGACAUAACAUCAAAUACAACAAUUAUCGCCACAGUUAAGCUUUCAAACAGUCAAAGGUUUUAUGUCACAAGUCCCUUAAGUCCCACAACCCAAUAUCCAGGUGAAGCACCAAAAGACCAAACAAGUUUAGCACAAUUCGAGAUCCAAAACAGUUCAUCCCAACAUUUGGGGAGUAGCCAAUCUGAGGUUCAAAUAAGUCUUACCAGGGAUGGAAUGGGUAACCAGUCCAUGUCCCCGCCUCCAGAUACUCACUCCCAAACCUCUUUACCUUUACACCAAGUUCAAACUUCUAAACCCAAACCUGGUCUUGGAUCCUGGAGUGGAACCAGUCCAACCCUCCCCUUUUCCCAGACAUCAUCAAGGAUGUCCUUUUUCAAGACCCAAACUUCUUCAUCAAACCUUGUUCUCUCAUCUAAACCUCAUACUUUUCAGCAUUUUAUCCAAUCUCACAUAACAGCAUCUUACCCCAGCUACAAGACUCCAUCUGUUGAAUUCCUUACUGACAAACCUUUCACUGUCCAAGAAAACCAGAACAUUACAGACUUGGCAAAAAUCCCGCCUGAAAAUAGGCAAUCAGGACUCAAAACUAGACCAACCCAGUCUCGCUUUCUACCAACUGCUUCUUUAGGCAUCACUCCUGAACCGAUACCUUUAAUCAGCUCCCCCCGGGGUUUGCCUCAAACAAUUCCAACUCAAACUCUGGGUCAAACUGACUUCAUUCAGCAGAGUCAGACCCAAUCUGAUACUCCACUUAAGGUUUUGGGUAUCUCCUCCCAAUCAUCAUCCCAGAACUACUAUUCUCCAACUGGUACUCUGAAAGUGUAUACCAGUGGGUGGACAACAACUCAGUCCCCCACAACUUCCAGAGCUAUCAAGCCUCUGACCUCUACAUCAAUGUUUGACUUAACCUCAACAGCUGGUAGAGAGUUUAAAGAUCUUAAGUCUGAUGCAAAUACCAAGACCACAAGUCCAAUAUUUGCUUCAAUUCUUCCCACCAAUCCUCCUCCAAUUCCAGUGUCUACCCACCUUCCUUUACCCCAUUCUUCCAGAAAUCCUAUACUUGACUCCUCCUUUGCUCACCCCACUUCCAGGACUCCUCAAAAUCCCACUCAAGGUCAAACCCCAAAAAGUCCCCCCUCUUUACCUGCCACAAAGAACCAACCCAAAACAGAUCCAGCCUUUUCUGCUUUACCAUCUGCUCCUCCAAUCGCCACUCCUCCUGAUCUUCCCUCUGUACAGCCUUCCUCAUCUUCACCUCGGCCAAACACCUCCAAAACCUCUUCCAAACCUUCCUCAAACUCAGCCUCUUCAACUGCUUCUGCCAUAUCUCCCUUGACAUCCAACAUAAAUUUGGCCUCUUCAGCAUCUUCCUCUUCUUCAUCUUCCUCAGCCAUGUUGUCCACCUCCACCAUCACUGGUGCAUUAUCUUCUACAAUGUCCUCUUCUUCAACUUCUCCUGCAUCUUUCUCAACCGGCUCAUUAUCUUCAUCAACUGCUUCUUCACUGGAUCCCUCAUUAUCUUAUAACUCAUCUGCCAUGUCUUCUUCUGUAGCAUCCUCCCAGUCCACCACCCCUCACCCAGAGCCCUCUCCAGCUCCCCGUCGCUCACUUUACAACAGCAGUACAUCCACCUCCACCCCUCAAGAGCUCACCCUUGGUCAGAAAUUGCCAAUCCUGAACCAUGUUGAUACGUCUGAUCCUGAGCCCAAUCACAACCAACCCUCCCCAAGAACAGCAGUUCAUCCAAACCCAGAACCUCAUCCAAACCUUGACCCAAACAUCAAACCAAAAUCUGGCCUCAAAUUUAAGCCAAAUGUCCCCAAUAGUGAUACUAAACCAAAGCGCCCCUCCACUCCAUCUUUAACUCCAGGGAAAGAAGGGAAGUAUCCAGACAUCGUUUCCAGGCACAGCACCUGGGAACUUGGCAUGCUUCUUGGUUGCUCAGCCGGCUUGGGGAUGGUCCUAGUGGUUGGGGUAAGGUACAUGUACCGUAAGGCCUGUGGUAAACAGACAGGGGUGACACUGAAUGACAGGGAGAGAGAGUACGGGAGAAGAGAUAGAGGGCUGAUCCACGUCCAGGAGUGUGGGGAUCUGGUGAGGGUUCGGAGAAUCAGAGACAACAGUUUUGUGCUACUGGCCGAGUAUGAUAUACUGGCAUCACCUGGAGACUGA